CUUAAUAGGUACAUUUCACUCGCGCAUUUCACUUUCAGGUUCAUUUCCACUUAAAGCUCCCCGCUAGCAAAUGCCUGGAGAGUAAUGGAGAGUGUGAUCCCGGCUUGAUAAAACAAUACCAGCUGAUAAGGCCUUACCACUAUCACCUAGGGGUAGUGCUUAUGCCAAGCUGGCGUCGAGGUUACGAUAGCAACUUGUAUUGGUAGAUAUUGCUCUUAACGACGUCCCUACCUGGGGGAGAUAGCUUAUAACAGCCGGGGCGCUGUGGAUUUAUCACAUAACGCCUUGCAGCCUUCAGGAGAUGGGUUAUAACGGAUUGUGACCAUGCAUGGAUUUCUGGUUCAUUGUGUAGUGGUAGAGUGGAGCUGUUAGGAGCGUUUACCACAUGGAGUUAUUCAUCUGACUGUCACUCUCUAGAGGUGUCCAGUGGCUGUGUCAUUGACUGUGAAUAAUUUCUUUAUCAGAUUUGCUAUUCCAAGAAUGCUGAGCUAACAAAAGGUUUCACAAAAAAUUGAAUCAGUUGGAAGUAUUCGGAAUUCCAUACCAAUCAGAAUCUGUUGAAAUCCCAGAAGAAUAUCUGUGAUAGUGUCCAAAAAACAUACACAUUGAAAAUGGCCAGUUUUCUACGACGUCGGCGUGGGUUGUUGAUCAAGGCUAUGUUGAUGGUGCCAGUGUUGUGGUUGUUGUCGGUGAUGUUGUACAGUGGCCCAGGCAGGUGGGCAUCUGUGGACGGUGAGGAUAAAGUACCCCGAGACAGGAGAGAUGGGUCGGUGGACAAACCGUUGCACCCGCCACCCGAUUUUCAUCCAAAUGAAGUUAACAAAGAUCAUAUAGACGGCGAACGAUUAGGUCACGAUAGGAAAAUUCAUGAGAGUGAUAAAGACUCUUUGAAAUUUCCUGGAAACAAAGAAGACAGUAACGUCAAACCCCCUGUGGAUGUUGGCGUUGUUCGUAUGGAUAAACAAAAAGUUACACCACAUUCAUUUAACCCAGGUGAUCCAGGGGAGCAAGGAAAACCGGUUACUAUCAACAAAGACAACCUGGCUCCCGCAGAAAGGAAGAAGUAUGACGACGGCUGGCAGAAAAAUGCCUACAACCAGUAUGCCAGCGACAUGAUCUCACUCCAUAGAAGUCUGCCGGACGUCCGAGACAAAGAAUGUAAAGACCUAACAUACCGAGAAAAUCUUCCUGACUCCAGCGUCGUAAUCUGCUUCCACAAUGAGGCAUGGACGGUGCUACUGAGGACAGUUCACUCAGUAAUAGACCGGUCUCCAGCACAUCUACUGAAGGAAAUAGUUCUUGUAGACGAUUUCUCUGACAUGGACCAUCUGAAAACACCUUUAAAAGAUUACAUGAAUAAGUUAAAGAUAGUAAAGAUAGUUCGGACAAAGGAAAGAGAAGGCUUGAUACGAGCUCGUCUUCUUGGAUUUGCCGCUGCAACAGGCGAUGUUGUGACAUUUUUAGAUUCACAUUGUGAAUGUACAGAAGGCUGGCUGGAACCUAUGUUGGAUCGUAUUGCAGAAAAUAAAUCCAUAGUCGUUUGUCCCGUCAUUGACGUCAUUGAAGAUGAUUCGUUUAAAUAUCAAUACGGCAGUGCUAAAGCAACUAGCAUUGGAGGCUUUGACUGGAAUUUACAGUUCACGUGGCACAGCAUCCCCGAAUACGAGAGAACUCGCAGAGCUAAUGAUAUAUUACCUGUCAGGUCGCCGACAAUGGCUGGUGGGUUGUUUGCGAUCAGCCGAGAGUAUUUUGAGCAUCUGGGGACGUAUGACCCAGGGAUGGACAUAUGGGGAGGCGAGAACUUAGAGCUGUCUUUCAGAGUCUGGAUGUGUGGCGGUUCUCUAGAGAUCAUCCCCUGUUCUCACGUUGGACAUAUAUUCCGGAAACGGAGUCCGUACAAAUGGAAGACAGGUGUCAACGUCGUGAAAAAGAACUCCGUCAGACUGGCGGAAGUCUGGAUGGAUGAAUAUAAGAAUUAUUAUUAUGAAAGAUUUAAUUUUGAUUUGGGAGAUUUUGGUGAUGUCACAGAAAGGAGAGCUUUAAGGAAAAGGCUAAACUGUAAAAGUUUUGAUUGGUUCGUCAAAAAUAUCUACCCGGAUCUGUUUGUUCCGGGUGAAGCUGUGGCUUCCGGCGAGGUGAGGAGUAAGGCCAAGCCCAUGUGUAUCGACAGCCCUGUGGACCACCACAACUACCACAAGGCAGUCAACAUGUGGCCCUGUCACAACCAGGGCGGCAACCAGUACUGGAUGAUGAGCAAGGGAGGCGAGGUCCGCCGUGAUGACGGCUGUUUGGACUACUCAGGCGGGGAUGACGUCAUCAUAUACCCGUGUCACGGUCAGAAGGGUAACCAGGAGUGGCAGUAUAAGGAGGACAACACAAUUCUACAUGUAAACACACAGAAGUGUGCGGAGGUGUCGAUAGACGGCAAGAAACUACAGAUGCGUCCGUGUUCCGGCAUCGACAGACAACUCUGGCAAUGGAAAAGAAAACCCCCAACAGGAAUUAUACGUGACAAAGCUUAGUUCAUCAUCUGAAGUCGUGUAUCCUCAGUCACUAUGCAAUUAAAUAUCUUAUCUCGCCUGUGAUUGGUCAGAACUUUUAAGCUGACCUCCUCACCUCAUCGCUGAACAGGAGCAGAUAACUCUUGCCUAAUGUGCAUUUCCAAACAUCAUGAAGAUUGUCUGAGUGUUGGAUACAUACUGUUUACAACCUCAUGUGGAGAUAUAUGUAUAUCGGUGAAUGGUUGGUAUAAUUUGUGUGAUUGGAUGACAUCCUGUGGCCAUUAAGGUUGGAUGAAAACUUAGAAGAGGAGAAAAUGCUUGAAAAACUUUUGUAUAGAUAUAUUAAAACACAAAUACUAAUGGAACAGUCUAUUAUAUGGAAUCUGGAAAUCCUGACAUAGCCAUAUAUGGGCAAAGUUUGACAUAUGAUUGUGUACUCAUUGACCUUCACAUUGGCAUAUGACCUUGUAAUGAUUUGAAGGCAUAUCCUUGUUGGUGCAACUUUCAAGUAUUUGCCCUUGACCUUACCAAUUACCAUGACCUAGUUGUGGGUGUGACCUUGACCUAUGACCUCAUUUAUUAUGGGCUUACAUGAAGUGAUUCACUGAUCUCCUUUCCAGGCUUAAAAUGCUAUGUCAACAUCUUUCAUCAGGGGAGACAACUGAUAAUAUAUAUUCUGUCAAAGAGGUCACAAUGACUUAAUUAAGUGGCACAAUUUCUCAAACAGCCCAGGUUUUACUAACACACUAGUACAACGCUGCAUUCCAUCUUGUGAGAUUUGCUUCAUUGAUAAUCAAGAUUUGGUCAUCUGCAAUCUGACAAAAGACUUCCUGUAUAUUACUGACUGUUGUUUAGGGGAUCAACUGAUAUUUUCUUCAUUAUAACCACAUUCCACUCAGCUGAAAAUACAGAAAAACACAUGAUUCAUUGUAUAUGUUUAAAAUAUAUAUGUAAAUAUCAAAUUUGGGAUGAGGGCGGGGACUUCUAUCCUGUUUAUUACAGGAAGAAUAAGUAAGCAGUGACACAUAUAUAUACUUCAGUCCAUGUUUAGGGCUACAGCUCCUUAGCUUAAGCCCCUGAAUAUGGAUUCUUAUGAAAAUGUUAUAUUUGAAGGCAUGUCUUUGUUUAAGCAUGUGCUACCUAUUUUUCUAUGUACAUUAUCAUCAAUAUGUGGGAUUAAAAGUAUUUUAUCGUUUUUCUAGAUUCAAUUUGAAAUAUUUCCUUUUUUCAUGAUUGAAUGCUUCAGCAACUUGGGGAUUUUUUUUCAUGUGAAAGUGUUUUAUAUGUUACCACUUCUGUGAAGGUGAUGGACAAGUGAGUGCAUCUGAUAAAUUUGAGGGACAUCUGUUGCAGUAUGUAAUAUCAUUUAAUUACGCAAUUUCAUACUAUCAAGGUUAUACGUGUAUCAUGGCUCACAAAUCAUUUAGUUACACAAUUUUCAAAUUCAUGGUAAGGUCAGACCAAUUUUAUUUCUUGUUUUACGGAUCUGCCUGUCAUAUUUUUUCAAUAAUCAGAAAAAACAUAGAAAUGAAUUUUCCCCGCUC